AUGCCAAUUGAUUAUUCAAAAUGGGACAAAAUCGAGCUCUCGGACGACUCAGAUAUUGAGGUUCAUCCAAAUGUGGACAAGAAUUCGUUUAUUCGUUGGAAGCAGAGAGAUAUCCAUGAAAAACGAGCACAAAGAGAUGCGCAAAUGAAGGGACUGAUGAUCCAAAGAGAGAUGUAUAUUCAACUCACCAAAAGGGUCAACAAAAUCUUGGAGAAUCUAAACUAUGAGCAAAUUAGUGAUGACAGUGUGAGAAACGAAUAUGUCAAUGAGAAGUUCGAUCCAAAGGAGAGAUGUACUCUUGAAGAGGACAGUAAUUCUCCCACAUACAAUGAAAUGGUUGAAGACUUAUUUACACAGAUUAAAGAUGGACUGAAAAAGGAAGGUGAGGAUAUAAAUGACGGAGCAUUGAUUGUCCAGAAGGUUAAAGAGCAUCGAUCGAAAAUUGAAGGGGUGUUGAAGCAGAUUGAUCCUAAGCUGAAUGAACUGGAGGAAGAGAAGCAUGUUCAUAUUACCAGUGAUGAUUAUCAUGUCGGGUUUAAUUCUUCUUUUAUUAAUAAGGGGGCUGGGCAGGCCGAGAAGACUGGACAGGCUGAGCCAUCUGGACAUGCCGAGAAGACUGGACAGGCUGAGCCAUCUGGACAGGCUGAGCCAUCUGGACAUGCCGAGAAGACUGGACAGGCUGAGCCAUCUGGACAGGCUGAGCCAUCUGGACAUGCCGAGAAGACUGGACAGGCUGAGCCAUCUGGACAGGCUGAGCCAUCUGGACAGGCUGAGCCAUUUGGACAGGCCGAGAAGACUGGGCAAGCUCAUCAAGCCGCGCCAUCUGGGCAAGACGAUUCAGGUCAACUACCCUCUAAACCAUUCAGUCAAUUAGACGAACUGGAGUGUCUUCCAGAAACCAUGAUAUUCAGUAAAAUUCCUCAGGACAGUCUCAAAAGAUCUGGAGCAUUCAUCAAGAAUCAUCUAUAUCUGGCAUGCGAGCAGCAGAAAGAUUCAUUGAUGAUGAAAGCAUUUGAUUCUCAGCUUUCAGGAGACACAAAGAGAACUAAACAGAUUGUUCAUCAGGCAUUACUAUUACAAUAUCUAGACGAUUUGUUUAGAGGGGCAGCUGCCAAUCAUAGUGCGCAGAGAAAGGAGCAAUUGGUAGAUAUGUUUGUGGAAAAGAUGUCUGAUGCCAAUACUCCUGCCUAUGGAGUAUUUAUGGGAGAUUUGGAUAAGAUGUACAAGCAUAUAGUAAGCAGAUGCGAGGUGAUUAAGCAAGAAGAAGAAGAAGGAGAGCGCAAAGACAAACCGCAGGAAGAAGUUGAACAGAUCCAAUUGAGAUCCGUGGAUCCAGGAUCGGAGCUUGUAGUGGAAUUACCUAAGCAAGAUACUGAGGAGUACAAGAACUUUGAGACUUUACCAAAGGAAAUGCAAGAAGCAUUGAAGACGAAGAGUUUGGAUGAAAUCAACAAAGUGUUCGCCGAGAUGAGUGUGGAAAAAGCCGAACAGGUGUUGGAUAUAUUUGACAAGUGUGGAGUGAUACAAGUCCAAGCAUUGUUAGAUAAUGAGGAUCAAUUCAACGAGUUGAAAAAGGAGUAUGAAGGAGGUUCUGUUUCUGUUUCAUCUGGUGAAAAGAAUGCACCAUCCAGUUUAGAUAUAGUUGAUUAG